ACAUUUGGAUGGAUUUAGCAACAAGCAUUUGAAAUUGUUACCAUCUUUUUCCAAAUUGCUGCCAUCGGCAAAACUCAAUUCAAAGUACUAACAACCUGCAAACGGGAUAUGCUAGAAUAAGACACCUUCAAGCAAACUCACCUGAAACAACACUGUUUACAGACAACUGCAAAGCUUAAAAAUGCCACUUUUUGGCUGGAUGAAAUGGUCAAAAACUGAUUCCUACAAAUCCACAAGAUGUCCUGGUUCAGAAGUAGUUACAAAAACGCUUCUGAGGGAGUUGAAAUGGCACCUGAAAGAGCGUGAAAGAUUAGUGCAAGAGAUAGAAAAUGAACAGAAAGUCCAGAAAACUGGCAUGGAUUACAACUGGCUCAAGAACUACCAAAACCCUCAAGCAACAAUUCCAGCUACUGAGCAACGGCAGCUUGAAGUUCUGUGCUCACAAAUCCAGCCUUGCCAAACAGGAACUGUUCUCAGCAGAUUUCGGGAAGUUUUGGCAGAAAAUGAUGUUUUACCCUGGGAAAUAGUCUACAUAUUCAAGCAAGUUUUAAAAGAUUUUCUCACCACCAUUGAGAGAGAAAACCAAGCAGAGCAGCUGGUAGAUGCAUGGAAUACAAAUUGCUCUGAACACUUUAGUCCGCGUGGUGACAGCUCCAACAAGUCGGACAAAGAUGAAAUCCCCACGGUUUCAAGUUAUGUCGACAAAAACACACAAGGCAUGUUUCCCACCUUCUCCCACAGAAUCUGGAAUCUACCCUAUUACUACCCAUCAAGUUAA